CAUUGCCAUCUCACGCGCGCGCGAGAGAGCGCAUGCACGAGGAAACCCACAACUCAGAGAGGGCUUCACGGAUAUAUUAAUGUCGUCCUCGUCUCCUACGGACACGGCGGCGCCGUACGUUGUCGAUGACUUCGGGAGCGCACUUCAGGUGCUCAGCGACGGCACCGUCGUCCGCUCCCCGCCGCCACCACUCCAACCACCUGACGUGAACGACGGCCGCGUCCAGUGGAAGGACGCCGUGUACGACGCCGGCCGCGGCCUCGGGCUGCGCAUGUACAGGCCGCACCGGCGUGACGUGGCCGACGACGGAGAGGAUGGGAAGCACCCCGUGCUUGUGUACUUUCACGGCGGUGGCUUCUGCGUCGGCUCCUACUCCUUGCCUAAGGACUACGCCGUCUGCCUCCGGCUGGCCGCCGAGCUUCCCGCCGUCGUGCUCUCCUUCGACUACCGCCUCGCGCCAGAGCACCGCCUCCCCGCCGCUCACGAGGACGCCGCCGCGGCCCUCCUAUGGCUCCGCGACCAGCUCACCUCCGGCUCCGACGACUCGUGGCUCGCCGGCUCGGCCGACUCCCGCCGGGUGUUCGUCUCGGGCGUGUCCGCUGGCGGCAGCCUGGCGCACCACAUGGCCGUCCGGUUCGGCACGUCGGGGCUCGAGCCGGCCGCGAGCAUCGCGGGGUACAUCCUCCUCAUGCCGGGCUUGUUCUCGGCUGAGCCAACGCAGUCAGAAUUGGACACGCCGGACACCGCAUGGCUGACGCGGGAGAUGUUCGACCGGUUCUUCCGGCUCGGGAUGCCCGCCGGAGCGAGCAGGGACAACCCGCUGGUGAACCCGUUUGGGCCGGGCAGCCCGAGCUUGGAGCCAACGUGCGUGGGCCGCAUGCUCGUCGUGGCCGCGGAGCGCGACCUCUUCAGGGACAGGAACGUGGAGUACGCCGAGCGGAUGAAGGCCAUGGGGAAGGACGUGGAGCUCGUCGUGUUCGCCGGCCAGGAGCACGGGUUUUUCGGCGCGGAUCCUGCUUCGGGGGCCGACGGGGAGCUGGUGCGAGUCAUCAGCCGUUUCGUUGAGCGGGAUGGAGACGGUCCGGCUUGAGUGCUCGUCUGUACAGGACACAUGAGCCCGCAGUUUGUUCCCGCAUUUCUCUCUCUAACCUUUGCAUAUGGUGAGAGGUUGAGUGACUUAAGCUGUUAAGCAUAGCUCACGUUGCCAUGGCGAAUAAAGACGGCAUAGUUCACGUUACCAUUGGGCAAGGAAUAAUUGAGCCCGCAGUU